UUACGCAGUUACGUAUUUUCUCUUUCAGGUAUCGAUUUCAAGAUCAGGACAAUAGAACUAGAUGGCAAGAAGAUAAAGUUACAGAUAUGGGACACGGCAGGACAGGAGCGAUUCCGAACAAUCACAACGGCGUAUUACAGAGGAGCAAUGGGUAUCAUGCUGGUUUAUGAUAUUACUAAUGAGAAAUCAUUUGACAACAUCAAAAACUGGAUCCGAAACAUAGAGGAGCAUGCAUCAGCGGAUGUAGAAAAAAUGAUUUUGGGGAACAAGUGUGACAUCAAUGAGAAGAGGCAGGUGUCUAAAGAUAGAGGCGAGAAGCUGGCGUUAGAGUACGGCGUCAAGUUCAUGGAGACGAGCGCGAAGGCUAACAUCAAUGUUGAGAACGCAUUCUUGACGCUUGCCAGAGACAUAAAAGCAAAGAUGGACACGAAAUUGGAGGGGAACAAUCCUCAGAGCAGCAAUCACGGAGUGAAAAUUACCACUGAACAGCAGAAAAAGAGCAGCUUCUUUCGCUGUGUGCUACUGUGAAGACCAAGGCCUUACUGUCCGCCGCCCGUGGGCUGGACACGACUGGACUACGCUCUCCCUCUUAGCACUCCUCCUCCUCCUCCUUCCUCUUUUAUCCCCCCUCUCCUUCUCUGUCGCGCUCUUCUUCCAGCCCCAGGGCAGUCGGAGCUCCUGGCUCCUCUUCUCUUCUUCCAUUGACAGAUUAGCGAUGCCGCUUCCUCUCGCUCACGACCCUUCCCCGACGAAACCGCGGUGGGGGAGCAUCGGUUCUACAAGUCAAGGUGAAGAACUGGCUCGGAAACACGCACCUAAAGAAGAUCCCACGUCUUUGUUUCAAUCGCUCGUCUUGAGCGCACAACUGCCAAAAUUGAUCCAUUCCUUCGCGGCGACCCGGAAGCAGCCGAUCUGAUAUUGAGCCGUUUUGAGAGUUACGUGGGAUUUUUAUUUUUUUUUUCUCUAUCAUUCCGUUUUAUUUUCGGCAUUCUUCGACAAUCACAUGACCUUAUUGCAAGUAGAGGAAUAUUAUAAC